AUCUUUGUUGCCUAUUUAACUUCCCAACCUAUUAUAGGGCUAUCGGGAUAUUCAUUAUGAUGAUUUUUUAUCCCGGAAAUGGGAAGUAUUCUGGCUGAUCGGUGCCUGUCUAAGACAUUUUGAGCUGAGUCCUGUCCUCCACAACACCACCAGGAGCUGCUUGAGGCGAGAAAUCCGGAGUGAAGAGGGACUUGGGACUGACGGCUGUUUAUCGCAUCGCCGUGGACAACCGAUCUAAUGACCACCAUAUCGAAACUUGCGCACCAUUACAUUGUCCUGGAGUGAAUCAUUAUCAUCAAGACUAUAAUGUGAGAGACAUUUCGGACUCGGUGAUGUUCUGAGGUGUUAGUCUACACAACUGUCCGGGAAAGAUGGCGAGAGCUGCCAUUAGCGUGUCUAUAGCCGUGGUGUUUUUGGGAUUAGCGAUUUUUACUGUCAAACUUCCCUCCGUAAAAGGAGAGAUGAAAGAAGAACAACAGGAGGAGAGGUCCUGUCAAGGUGCCUUCGAUUUAUACUUUGUCCUCGACAAAUCUGGCAGUGUGAAACACCACUGGAUAGAGAUCUACUCCUUCGUGGAGCAGCUGGCUGAGAAGUUUCUCAGCCCCAUGUUACGGAUGUCCUUCAUCGUCUUCUCCACUCGAGGAACCACCAUAAUGAAACUGACAGAGAGCAGGGAGUCCAUUAACAGAGGUCUAACCACUCUGAGGAGGGAGGCACCAGGAGGAGACACCUUCAUGAACCUUGGCCUGGAGAAGGCCAACGAACAGAUACACUAUGAGAACCAUGGGACAGCCAGUGUGAUCAUUGCACUGACUGAUGGAGAACUGAAUGAGUGGCAGUUUGCUACUGCACAACGAGAGGCGCAGAGGGCACGGUCGCUUGGAGCCAUAGUUUACUGUGUGGGAGUCAAAGAGUUUAAUGAGACGCAGCUGGCUACCAUAGCAGACACCCUGGAGCAUGUAUUCCCUGUCUGGGGGGGUUUCCAAGCCCUCAGGGGCAUCAUCAACUCGAUCAUUAAGAAGUCCUGCAUUGAGAUUCUAGCUGCUGAACCGUCCAGUGUGUGUGCAGGAGAGUCGUUUCAGGUGGUAGUUCGAGGGAACGGUUUUCUCCACGCCAGAAACACCGACCAGGUCCUCUGUAGCUUCAAACUCAACGACACACACACUCUGGAUGAGAGGCCUGCUGGUGUAGAGGAAACUUUCCUGCUCUGUCCUGCUCCUGUUAUAAAGGAAGUAGGAAGGGUGAUCUAUCUCCAGGUCAGUAUGAAUGAAGGACUCUCCUACAUCACCAGUUCUGUUCACAUCACCACCAUCGAAUGUUUUGAUGGGACCCUCCUGCUGAUCUCAUUGCUAGUUCUGACACUUUUGUUGGGCUUGCUGUUCAUGUGGUGGUUCUGGCCACUCUGCUGCACCUUGGUCAUUAAAGAGCCGCCACCACCUCCUCCCCCAGAGCCAGAGUCUGAUGAUGAAGAUGGUAUGCCCAAAAUGCGAUGGCCCACUGUGGACGCAUCCUACUACGGAGGGAGAGGGGUGGGGGGCAUCAAACGCAUGGAGGUGCGGUGGGGAGAUAAAGGUUCUACAGAGGAAGGGGCUAAGCUAGACAAGCCUAAGAAUGCAGUGGUGAAGAUGCCUGAACAGGAGUAUGAAGCGUACCAACCCAAACCACGCACACCCAAGCCCUGGAAACCUCCUCAGGAAAGAAGGUGGUACACACCUAUACAGGGGAAGUUGGAUGCUCUGCGGGCUCUGUGUCGUCGAGGAUAUGAUCAGGUGUCCCUGAUGAGACCUCAGCCUGGAGACAAGGGCCAUCAGGGGACAAUGAAAGGGAAUCUCUUCUGUCACAAUUUGGCUUGUGGCCUUUCAACUUCCCAUCUGGUUGGGUGACGCGCUUUCACAGAGGAUGACAUACACACACACACACACACACACACAUUGUGGCAGAAACUGGUAACCUGCUGAUGGCCAUUCAUGAGCGCAUUAGAGUGAGAGUAAUGUGGAGAGAUGGGAGAGUGAGAUGUGUGUGUUUGUCAGAGAUGGGAGAUUUUCAUAAUUGAUCUGGAUGUCUUAGUGCUUUGUGUUAUAUUGUUGAGCUCGUUAUCCCUGUGCCUUUUCUUGUUGUGCUUUUCGUAGUUGAUGUGCUUUUUAACCGUGUGCUUUUGUCGUUUUUGUUGCACUUUUUGUCGUUGUGCCUUUUGUUGUUUUGAUUUGUCAUUAAGUUGUAUGACAAUUUUUAAAAUACAUCCAAUACCUAUGCAUGAAUAAAACCCUGGAAGAUGACUCAAAAACAUACAGAGAUGAGAUAAUGCUUUGUCUUUUUGCAGAAAAGUGUGUUUGCAUCUGAAAUUGGCUCCCUAAAUAACAAUACAGAAAUAAAAAAGUCAUUGUCUUUUGAUUUCUCCCCUCAUUGCACCUCGAGAUUUGAAGAUGUAUUCUGCCCAGUUAAUGACGUGUGAAGGACUUGUAAAGGGGCUUUGUUGAGAGGGCGUGUGUGUGUGCGUGUGUGUGUGUGGGGGGGGGCUCAGAGACGAUGUGUUACAGACUCUGGAAAGUUGUUUCCAAUUAAACGGCCCAGUUCUAAAUUCUCUGCAACACUCGGACCACCUAGAGGAGUGGAUUCUUUAACACUUGUUUUUAUUAGCACCCUAAUACCAUUAUUCUUAGUUUGCAUUGUUCCCCCAAUCUUCACCUAUCUUGAUGCAAACAGGACAUAUACACACGCUGGUUUACUUUGUCACCUUUUAAUCAGAAGACUCUGCAGCCAAACAGUGAUGUAACUAACUGUGGAAAAGGCGUCUGUGUUCUGAACCCCUGGUCUAACUUGGUUCCGU